UGCGCCGUGAAGCGUCAUCAAACGUCGACGCCGCUCGGUGACGUAACUCGCAGUCGCCGCGAGAAGUUUUUGAAAAUAAACGUGAUACUUUUUUUUUGCUUCACGUUUCCUUAAAACGUUUCUCUUUUUCUUUCCGUUAAUAAAACCUAAAUAACACCGUGUGCAGGAUUCGUCCAGACGGAGCGCUGAGCGGAGGAGAAGCCCGCGGGAGACGACGACGACGCAGCGGCUCUUCAGGCCUCGAUGUCUUCCCCCGAAGAGGAGCAGCCCGCGGCUGCGUUUCCCGAGGCCGUGUCCGUGGACUCGAAGGCCGACCUCGUCGUGCUGCUCGGCGAAUGGGAGGAGGCGCAGCAAGGAACCACGGAGCAGCUGGUGUCCAUCCUCACAAAAAUCUCUGAGCUGAUUGAGAGGGAGACCGGAGAAUACCACAAACGAGACCCCGACCCGUUUGACGACCGUCAUCCAGGACGAGCGGACCCGGACUGCAUGCUUGGACAACUGCUGAAGAUGCUCUUCAUGAAUGACGACUUCACUAAUGCGCUGAUGGACACGUACAUCAUGACCAGCGGGGAGCUGAGCCUCAACACCGCCGCCUGCCGCCUGCUGCAGAACAUCGUGCCGGGCCUGGAGACCGCCGUAGUCUUCCAGGAGAAGGAAGGUCUGGUGGAGAAGCUGUUCAGCUGGGCCCGGGAGGCGAAGCCGCCGCUGUGGGUCUUCGCCACGGGUCUGUUGGCUCGAGCCAUGAGCAACCAGGAAGUAGCGGCGAGCCACCGGGAGGAGAACGCUCAGCUGGUGCCGAUCAUGAUCCGCCGUCUGCACGAGCUGCAGAGCAAAGAGGCCAAGACGCCCCGGGACCUAACGCAGGUCUCCCCCGUCUCCGGGAUGGAGGGGGUGGAAUCGGGGGGGGAGGAGGGAGAGGUGAGCGGGAGCAGCAGGACGGGGUCGAAGGUCAAACCUCCGCCGUGUCCGGCCCAGAAAAACGGCUCGACGAGGCUCCUCCCCGACUUCGUUUUCCAAGCAAGGUCGUCCAGGGAGACGGAGGACAGGCAGGAAGGAAGAGGAGGAGGGAGGAGACGGGCGGUGAUGGAGUACGGGAGGAAGGCAAAGCAGAAGCUCAAGUACUCCUCAUCCUCCUGCAGGAAAGGGGAGGAGGAGGAGGAGAAGCGGGAGGAGGAGGAAGAGGAAGAAGGGGAGAGGUGCGAUUCCAGCGAUUUUCCGGCCGGCAGCAGCGGCUCCUGGUCAGAGAUGAGCUCGAUGGUGAUUGGCUCAGACUAUUGCCUGUCGCCGCUGAGCCCGCCCACCGAGCAGAGGCUCAUCCUGCAGUAUCUGACGCCGCUGGGAGAAUACCAGGAGCUGCUCGCUGUCUUCAUGCAGCUGGACACUCGCUCUCUGCUGAUGAACUACAUCCACCUCAGGAGGACCAACAAAGUGCAGCUGACCUUCGACGCCCUCCUGUAUUUGGCGUCGCUGCUCCUCCAUAAGAAGUUUGCUGCAGAGUUCAUCGCUCAUGGAGGCGUCCAGCGGCUCCUCGACAUCCCGAGGCCUUCGAUGGCGGCGACCGGGGUGUCGCUCUGCCUCUACUACCUGGCUUACAACCAGGACGCCCUGGAGAGGGUGUGCACGCUGCCGGGCGGCGUGCUCUCCGACGUGGUCUCCUACGCCCUCUGGCUGCUGGAGUCCUCCCACGCCUCGGGCGUUUGCCACGCCACCAUGUUCUUCUCCAUCGCCUUCUCCUUCAGGGCCGUGCUGCAGCUCUUCGACCGGCAGGACGGCCUGCGGCGCCUCGUCAACCUGGUGAGCACGCUGGAGAUCCUGAAGACGCAGAGCGAGGCGGCGGUGAUGAGCGACGAUCAGGUUUUUGCCAACCGGCAGACGGCCAAACACACCUGCAUGGCGCUGCGCAGGUACUUUGAGGCUCACCUGGCGGUGAAGGCUGAGCAGGUGAAGCAGUCUCUGCACACGUCGGACGAAGGCACCGUGGUCCCUCAGCAGCCCUUCUACAAGGCCUACACCUACACCAGGGAGCAGGUCAUCGAGAUGAUGGAGUUCCUCAUCGAGUGCGGACCUCCUCAGCUGCACUGGGAGCCGGUGGAGGUCUUCUACAGGUUGUCCUGCGUGCCCCUGAUGCUGCAGCUCAUCUCGGCUGCCUGCGACUGGAGGACCUACUACGGCAGGAGCGACACGGUGCGCUACGUCCUGGACAUCAUGGCCAUGCUGGUGGUGGUCCCGAAGGUCCAGCUGGUGCUGGCGGACGCCGUGGAGGUCCUGGAUGAAACCAGGUCGGCCGUCUCCACCGUGGGUAUGAGCAUCGUUCUGGGCGUCGUGGAGGGCGAGGUGUUCGUCAACGACGCCGAGAUCCAGAAGUCUGCGCUACAAGUGAUAAAUAACUGCGUGUGCGCUCCGGAUCAGAGCCUCAACACGGUGAGCGCGUUCGCAGUCGCCCCCCUCAGGCAGUCGCUGCACCCCGAGCAGCCCCCGGCGCCCCCCCACAACCGCGUGCUGGCCCACAUGUGGCAAACGGUGCAGAACAACAACGGCAUAAAGGUGCUGCUGUCUCUGCUCACGGUGAAGAUGCCCAUCACGGAUGCAGACCUGAUCCGCGCUCUGGCCUGCAAGGCCCUGGUGGGUCUCUCUCGCAGCGCCGCCGUCCGGCAGAUCAUCAGCAAGCUGCCGCUGUUCACCAGCUGCCACAUCCAGCAGCUGAUGAAGGAGCCGGUGCUGCAGGACAAGCGCAGCGAGCACGUGCGCUUCUGCCGCUACGCCGCCGAGCUGACGGAGCGCGUGUCGGGCAAGCCGCUGCUGAUGGGCGUCGACGUGUCGCUGGCUCGCCUGCAGCGGGCCAACGUGGUCGCCCAGUCGCGCAUCACCUUCUCCGGGAGGGAGCUGCUGCUGCUGAUCCGCAACCACCUGCUGGCCAAAGGCCUGCAGGACACGGCCGGCGCGCUGGUCCGGGAGGCCAACCUGUCGGGGGCGGCGCUGUGUCCGAGCUCCUCGUCCUGCGUCACCCCCCCGCUCUCCUCCUUCCCCGCCGCCGCCGCCAUCCCCCGGUCGUGCCGCUUGGCCGGCAGCAUCGCGGCUCGCGUCGCCGCCCACACCGGAUCGUCUCCCGUCUCCUCCUCUUCCUCCUCCCGCUGCCUCGUCGCUCCUCACCCCCCUUGCUCCUCCUCUUCGACCUCCGCCCCCCCGCCGCCUUCUCCCCCACCUGCUCCUUCUGUCGCUCACGGUCAAGCCUCGCAUCCCGCGGGGCGGAUUCUGUUCACGCGGGAGCGGCAGGCGGCGCCGUGCAGCUCGGGGAGGAAGCUGCGGGCGCUGAAGCAGAAGUCGGACCACGGGGCUUUUAUCCAGACUCCCGCCAUGAAGAAGCAGCCGGAGCGCCACAUCCCGUCGCCCCCGACCCUCGACAGCAUCAUCACCGAGUACCUGAGGGAGCAGCACGCGCGCUGCCCCAACCCCGUCACCACCUGCCCCCCCUUCUCCCUGUUCGCCCCCCACCGCUGCCCCGAGCCCAAGCAGAGGAGGCAGGCGUCCCCCAACUUCAGCGCCCGCCUGGGGAGCCGGGUGCUGUACCCGAGGUACGGGGGCGUGGACCGAGGCUGCCUGGACCGGCACCUGAUCUUCAGCAGGUUUCGUCCGAUGUCGAUCUUCCACGAAGGCGACGGGGACGAAAGCGGCUUCACCUGCUGCGCCUUCUCCGCCCGCGAGCGCUUCCUGAUGCUGGGAACCUGCUCGGGUCACCUCAAGUUCUACAACGUCUUCUCCGGGGACGAGGAGGCCAAGUACACCUGCCACUCGUCGGCCAUCACUCACCUGGAGCCCUCCCGGGACGGGAAGCUGCUGCUCACCUCGGCCUCCUGGAGCGCCCCCCUGUCGGCCCUCUGGAGUAUGGACGGCGUCUUCAGCCUGAAGAACUCGUUUGAGAACGACCACUACGUGGAGUUCAGCAGACACAGCCAGGACCGGGUCAUCGGCACCGAGGACCAGGUGGCACACAUCUACGACAUCCAGACGGGUCAGAAGACGGUGACCUUAAACGACCCCGCCCUGGCCAACAACUACAAGAGGAACUGCGCCACCUUCAACCCCACCGACGACCUGGUGCUGAACGACGGCGUGCUGUGGGACGUGCGGGAGGCCGGCGCCAUCCACAAGUUUGACAAGUUCAACAUGAACAUCAGCGGCGUUUUCCACCCCAACGGCCUGGAGGUCAUCGUCAACACAGAGGUCUGGGACCUGAGGACCUUCCACCUGCUGCACACGGUGCCGGCUCUGGACCAGUGCAGACUGGUCUUCAACAGCAACGCCACCAUCAUGUACGGAGCCAUGCUGCAGCCCGAUGACGAGGGCGAGGCCAUGGACCAGCAGAUGAAGAGCCCCUUUGGCUCGUCUUUCAGAACCUUCGACGCCACGGACUACAAACCCAUCGCCACAGUGGACGUGAAGAGGAACAUCUUCGACCUGUGCACCGACUCGAAGGACUGCUACCUGGCCGUCAUCGAGAACCAGGACACCGUGAGCCUGGACACCGUGUGCCGUCUCUACGAGGUCGGGAGACAGAAACUGGCCGAAGAGGGAGACGACGACGAUCAGGAUGAAGACCAGGACGAUGAUGACGACUCCUCGGACACCGACGAUGACGACGACGACGACGAUGAUGAGGAUAUGGACCUCGAUCCGCUCUUAGAGGAGCUGGCCAAUAACAGCGACCCGGAGAACGAGGACGGACCGAACUAUUCUUCCAAUGAAGAGAUUGCAGAUCUUCUCGCCAGCGGCGGCGGCGAAGACUCGGACCAAUCGGACGGGAGUGACGAUGAAUCCGACUUAUUGGACUGGGAGAACUACCUCCCACAGCCCUCCGAUGAUGAGAACCGAACCCUUCAGGACCUCAGUGACGGCUGGUCCUCCUGACGGAGACGCGAGCCUCUUUUUAAGGUUUCAUCGGGACGCUGAUGAUCAAUAAAUGUCUCAAUCGGAUGAAAACUCUUCACUUUGUUUCAGGAGAAUCAUUCAUGUUUAUGUCCCAUGUUUACACAUGUACUGUAUUUAUAUUCGAUCGAUAGGAACAGACAGGUGUUUAUAGUCCCUCCUCCCACCCGGUGUCACUCAGGUGGGAUCUCGAAUCUCACAAACCUUUGAGCCAUAAAUGUUUUAUAGAAAUAUCUCUUAACUACUGAAGCUCAGCAGGAAACGCUGAUGUUUGUUUUUGUCUCCAACGAACACUUUUCUGUCUAAAGAUCGGAGCCGAACGUCGUCUUGGUUCUGAUGACGAUGCUUUUCUGUUGAAUCCUUUGUGAAUAAAGAGGCGUCAGUGA